AUGCUCAAGUACACGGGGGUCCGUUUCGAACUGCUCACCGAUAUCGAUAUGAUGAUGUUCGUGGAACGCGGAAUACGCGGCGGUCUGAGUCAGUGCUCCAACAGAUACGCUCGCGCUAACAACAAGUACAUGAGCGCGUACGAUCCGUCGCGACCGUCGAUCUAUCUGAUGUAUCUCGAUAUCAACAAUCUGUACGGUUGGGCGAUGUGUCAGCCGUUGCCGUACGAGCGAUUCGAGUGGGUCGACGACCUCGAGAGUCUCGACGUGAUGUCCGUGACGGAGGACUCGACCGUCGGCUACAUUCUCGAGGUCGAUCUCGACUAUCCGGCCGACGCGCACGACGCCCACGCCGAUCUACCGUUUUGUCCCACGCGCGAUAAGCCGCCGGGGAAGCGGCAGAGCAAACUCCUAGCCACGCUGUACGAUAAGCGCCGAUACGUCACGCACUAUCGCAAUCUGCAGCAGUGCGUUCGUCACGGUCUGCGUCUGACUAGGAUUCAUCGCGCGCUGCGCUUCUCGCAGUCGCCGUGGUUACGCGGAUACGUGGAGCUUAACACGCGUUUACGCACUAACGCGAGUAACGAUUUCGAGAAGAAUCUGUACAAGUUGAUGAACAACGCCGUCUUCGGCAAGACCAUGGAGAACGUGCGCAAUCGCGUGGACGUUCGACUCGCGACCCGAUGGGACGGUCGAUUCGGAGCCGAGGCGCUCAUCUCCAAGCCGAAUUUUCACAGUAGAAGCGUAUUCUCGGAGAAUCUCAUGGCCGUGGAAUUGCGCAAAUUGGAGGCGAAGAUCGACAAACCGAUCUACGUAGGCAUGUCGAUUCUCGAUAUAUCCAAGAUUCGUCUGUACGCGUUUCACUACGAAUACAUGUCGCCGCUCUACGGCGAUAAGUGUAAGAUAUUGUACACCGACACGGACAGUCUCAUUUAUAGCGUAGAGUGCGAGGACGCGUACGAGCGAAUGAAGCGCGACGUCGAUAGAUUCGACACGAGCGAUUACGCCGUCGACAAUCCCUACGGCGUGCCGCGCGCGAAUAAGAAGGUUCUCGGUCUGAUGAAGGACGAGAACAACGGCGCUCUCAUGCUCGAGUUCGUCGGACUCAGAGCGAAGAUGUACGCGUUGCGAGUCGAGGGUAGAGGCGACACUAAGAAGAGCAAGGGCGUUAGGAGCAGCGUCGUCGCGAGAACGCUGACGUUCGACGAUUACGAGCGCUGCCUGAGACGCGAGAUCGAGAUGACUCGCGAGCAGUCGUGCCUGAGAUCCAAGUUACACGAGGUGUACACCGUGCGCGAGUCGAAGGUCGCGCUCAGUCCGUACGACGAUAAGCGCUACGUCGUGCCGGAUUCGACCGACACUCUGCCGUGGGGGCACUACAGGAUACCACUGUGA